AGGAGGAGGAGGAGGUAUAUAUAUAGUGAUGGAGGCGGAGGUGGUUGUAUUUAUCUCCCUGCUGCCUCCAUCUCACAGAUUAACACUUACCUACAUAAACUUGCACAAGAUUUAUACCCUGCAGACAAAUCUUUAAUUAACGCAGACAGCCAUUUCCCCAAACUGUCGUGAAAUUAGUCUGGCAGCCUACAUCACAUUUAUUAUUUAACUUUAUAAAACUCGCUGUGCCUCAUCGCAGAGCCUUUGCAAUCAUGUCUGGCUCUGCGUCGCUAAUCACGGCGAUCCUACUCUCGCUCGGGGUGGCGGCCGCUGCUGCCUCUCCCUCUCCCUCUUCCUCGCAGACGCAGGGGAAGCAACAGCAGCUCAACCGUGACGAAGAAACCCAAGAGGCGCACCCCCAGAAAAUUGCUAUAGGCCAAUGUUCGCUGCACUUGUGGCCGAAGAAUGACGUGUGGACGGUUCAGGAGGGUGAUAUGAUGCAGAUGAUCGCUCAAGGGACGGAGAGCUGCAGCGACACAGUAACGUUAACCAUUCAAGAAGUGGACGAUGGCCGGAUGAGAUCAGAAAAGGUGGUCAGACUGCGCUCCACCGAGAGAGUCAGUUGGACACUCGGCCGCGCGCUCACCACCCACCACGGACUGAUGCUGGAGGUGCGCAUUGCUUACCUCAAACACGAAACUAUCAUCAACAAACUUCUGAAUGUGGAGUUUAAGCCCAUAAUUACGAUGUUAACGCCCAUGCCCUACCAAGGAAAUAGCUUCUUCGUCUAUUUUCUGUACUUGUGUGUUUGGCGCCAGAAGGAGUUGUUGACAGGGGCGAGCAUCGAGGAAAAGCUAGGAUGGGAUGUGGGCGACUCCACGACCCUGAGAGUGAAGGUGGAAGGCAAUCCCAAGCCCAGGGUCGUGUGGAGGGUGGGCAAGCAGGACAUCACGCCCGGGGAGACCUUGGGGAGCCAUUACGUGACGACCAACGAGACCCUGAUAACUUCAACGGAGUCAGUAUUCAAGAUCGACCUCGUUUACUUCACCCUCAAGAUGGCGCAGGAACCGGUGAAAAUAAUCGCCAGAAACAAACUGAGCCAAAAAGAGCUAAGCGUUAACUUACCUGUAAAUAUGUUUCCCAUCACGGAGCAGAGAUCAAUGGCGGAUGCGGUCACCAAAAGCUUCGGGUUGGUGGUUCUCAUAUUUGCAGGCAUGAUUGUCGUCCGCAUCACAAACGGGAUAUGUAUUUAUGUGGCCGGAGUAGCCGAGACGAAAUGGGAUGGACUAACAUUCCAACUCUUCACCUGCCUCAUACCAGUAAGAACACUGAAGAAAAUACUCCGGCUGUUCUGUGGCCUGGGCGUAAGUUUGGGACUCCUGACGUUCUUCGGUAUGGAGAGUAAAGUUUUAGUGUUCCCUCGCGUUCUGCUGUACUCGCUGUUCGUCAUACUCUUCACGUAUCUCUUCGGAAGGUACAAGAGGGUGAGGGCGGCGUUUUGGUUGGUGUUAGCGGGGAUGCUGAGCCGCACGGGACUGUUGCUGCUGCUCAUUUCGACGUCCGAGGUGAUGCUGCACGCCUCCCAAGCCAUAACGAAGAACGUGAUGGAAAGCUCUCUUCAGGUUCAGUGUAUUUCGCAGAUCCACCGUGAGCUGUUCCGCGAGUCUGUGUUGGCGUACCUCCAGCCCGUCAGCAAGAAAGAAUCGGGUUAUGCUCACGUUCAGCUUGUUAAGGAAAGGGACAUGGCGCUGGCACAAGAAUCCAUGAAGAUCACCGCUGAUAUCUCCCUCAACGACGUGCAAGGGGAAAAGUUAGGAGAGCAGAAGGAGGCAGAGAUAAAGAACAAGAUGGCGGACAGAUCAUAUGAAGUUCACCGUUUUGCCAAGAUAAAAAAGAAGGCAGAAGGAGGAAGAACCGACAAGGCUAAGUUUAGGAAGAAAUACGCCUUCAAAUCACUGAACAUAUGCCAAGACAUCGGCAGUAACGUCCUCAUGCAGUGUAAAAGGACUAAAUACGCUACCUUUCACAAAUGUCUCGAUAAGUUCCCUGGCAUAACGAAAUGGCUGGGUCGGAAAAUUUGCGGCUUGUUUGUGAAGCACGUCGACUGCACGCAGAUGUAUCGAAGCACUGUGAAGAGCUUCAAGUGCGAGUCCCCGGGCGACGCGAAGGAGGUCGCCGAGGGUCUGCUGCUGCUGCGUGACGGCCCCGGCAUGUUCUACGGCGACGCCAGCCCGCAGGACCUCCAUCAAAUGUACAGCAAGCAGCUCACCAUACAGUUCGCGCCGGACAAACCAAGAGAGAGCAAAGAAGCAACGCUACAGAAGAUGGAAGACGCGAAAAGCACGAUGUCAACCGUGUACAUCCUUGCCAUGAUCGCUUUGGUGCUGUACUCGACCAACAGAGUCCUCAGCGAUAUGAUUAGCUACGACAAGAACAUCAAGUGGCAGAACGUCUACAUAGGCAGCUACUUCCGGAAGAUCGACCGAAAGAGGGGAGUGCUCGGCCUCCCUAAAAUGCUGCCGCUAAAGGGGAUCGAAAGGCGGAAAUAUAUAGAGGAUGUCUUCGCCACCAAAGCAAGAGAGGAAGAGAAGGAUGAAGCGAAACUAAAAUCCGCGAUAUGCUUGGGAGUCCAGAUCCUCACCGCCGUUAUGUUCAUGGUGGAAUAUCUGGUCUUCACCGUGACUAUCUAUGAGGUGGUCAGGGAAAACACGACCUACUCCAUUGAGAUCGAUGACUACCUCCAGGUCAAGGCACGAGGGGACUCCUUCUUCGCCUUGCUGAUAAACCUUGUCUUUGAGAACAUCAACAUGGACAACCACGUCAUCAAACACUACAGGGUUGACAGGUGUAAUCCGAAGGUGACAUACCCUAACCUGGAGCUGUACGCGCGCCAGGAGGCCAUCAUCAUCUUCCUGUUCCUGCUUACCUUCGUUCUUCCAGGCCCGGAUCGACUCAAGCACCUCAUAUUUAGCAUUUAUUACCCCAAACGGGAGAAGAAACGUCAAAUCAAGCUGUACACGAACAUACUCCUCGCCCGGAAAAGCUUUAUAGACGAGGCUCUCAGGAAACUGUUUUGGAGUCGAAUACACGGCAAGUUGACUAUGCUGCACGACCCUCAGUGGCAGGAUUUGCUUCUCAGGCAGUUCCGGGCGUUAGGUUUCCUUCUGCGCUUCUUCAUCACCAACACCUGUUCCAUCUGUGAGACGACAGGAGGGGACAAGUUCGUGGUGUGCCGAGGCCCGGGAUGCACCAUGAUCUACUGCCGACAGUGCUGGGUUAUCCUGGGAGAGAAGUGUUUGAGCUGUAACCUAGUGCUCACCAAGGAACUGAGGGAUCGCCUGUUUCCCGGGGAUGAGGGACUGUUUGAGGAGGAGGAGGAUACGUGAGUGAGAUAGCUUAUGAGUGUUCCGUGUAAAGCGAACGACGAUACAUGUUACAAACCCAUAAACACCACGAUAUUGGCUCUUACUCUUGAACAUGUCGGCGUCCAAGCACACACAAUAGACAAGGCUUUCGUAGGAGUUGUACGCAUGUCCGUGGGUAGUUUUAUGAGCCUGGUGAGUGUUUGACAAGGCUUUCGUAGGAGUUGUAGACAUCUCCGUGGGUAGUUUUAUGAGCCUGGUGAGUGUUUGACAAGGCUUUCGUAG